GCACAAUUUCUCUGCCAUGAUUGAAGAUGAGAAUCCCUGUCUCGAUCUCAUAUACUACCUAGAACGACGCUCAAAUUUCAACAACGCUUUUGGCCCACCGACUUGUCGGAUACGCUCAAUUUCCAAUUUCAGCCGCUUUCACUUCCCAUUACCUAAAUGGCUAUGAAACCAAUGAAAAUUUUGAGCAGUGAAAAAGCUCAGACGGGUUGCUUGCGCUUUUCUCUGUUGCAAAACCAUGGACCCACUGAAGCUCCGCCGUGUAUUGGUGCUUCUGUUCCUGGGUUUAGUGGGAUGGCCGAUGACGUCGGUUGGCGCCGCCGCUGGUGGCGGUGGCGAUUCGGCGAGUUGUCGGUUUCCGGCUGUGUACAACUUCGGUGACUCGAACUCAGACACAGGAGGAAUAUCAGCUGCAUUCGACGCGAUUCAAUCACCCAAUGGCAUGACCUUCUUUGGACAUCCUUCUGGGAGGGCCUGCGAUGGCCGUCUCAUUAUAGACUUCAUGGCCGAGAAGCUGAAAGUUCCUUACCUGAGUGCAUAUCUGGAUUCAGUAGGAACAAGCUUUAGGUAUGGAGCUAAUUUCGCAACCGGCGGUUCGUCGAUUCGUCCCGGUGGUUACAGCCCUUUUCAUCUUGCUCUCCAAGUCUCACAGUUCAUCCAGUUCAAAUCCCGCACCACCUAUCUAUACAAUAGACUCCACUCCCACAACAGCACAGCUAUACCAAUGGAAAGCAGUAUCGCGAGGCCCCGGGAGUUUUCGAAGGCGCUAUAUAUGUUCGAUAUUGCACAGAACGAUCUCUUCCAUGGCUUCCAAUACUCAUGUGAAGAACAAGUUAGAGCUUCCAUUCCAGACAUGAUAGACACGUUCUCUGAAGCUGUGCAACAAAUAUACAAGGAGGGGGCAAGGUAUUUCUGGGUGCAUAACACAGGUCCAGUUGGAUGUCUACCUUUUACUAUCUUGAAUAACCAGAGGCCAAGUAAUAUAGACAGCAUUGGGUGUGUCAAGAGCGCAAAUGAAGUCGCUCAAGAACUCAACCGGCAGCUCAAGAAUCUGCUGCUAAAGCUGAGAAAAGAGCUUCCUCUAGCUAGAAUCACUCACGUAGACAUGUAUUCAGCCAAAUAUCUUCUCAUUAGCAAGGCGAAAACUCUAGGUUUUGUUGAUCCAGUGAACUAUUGCUGUGGGAGCUUCCAUGGCUUACACCUCAACUGUGGGAAGAAAGAAGCUGUGAAUGGAACAGUCUACGACAACAACGCUUGCAAGGAUCCAUCAAGGCAUGUUAGCUGGGAUGGCAUACACUACUCUGAGGCUGCAAACUUGUGGGUUGCUAACCACAUUUUGAAUGGCUCAUUUUCAGAGCCACCAUUGCCGAUCGACAAAGCGUGUCGAUGGUUACCAAUACGAUGAAUUGAACCAUUAUAAGUCGAUGAAAAUGUACUCGUAAGAUAGUACUUCGAAAUAAAUGAACUACAAUGAGUGCAUAAAUAUGGAAGGAUCGGCUGAUUAUGAGCAGAAUCAACAUUUUUUUAAAUCCAAA